AUGACGACGACACGAAGCCAUUCACUGUCUCUUCCACGAAUUGAUGACAUCACGAAGAAGAAACCAAAAAGAAUGGAACGGAAAAAGCGGCGGUCAGAUUCUGUUGGACCCCGACGAUUGAUGCAAUCGAUUGAUAUAGAGUGGAUACCGAAAAGAUGGUGGUCACUUUGCCACGGCCCUCUGAGACGUUUCUUAUAUCGUGAGCAACUGAUGCAAAACACCUACAUCUGCAGACAUCAGGCGAUUUGUUACGGCAUCCGUCAAGAGGCUGUGAGAGCCGUCUAUCACCUAAGCCAUUUGGCGAUCCCUCUCAUUCUCCAUCCCCUCAUCCUUCUCCUUCUCAAAACGACUGGAUCCAUCUCUGAGUUUUGCCCUCCAAAAGGGGCGUCGCGGUGGAAGCUGAAAAAAUUCUACCGUCAACAACCCUUUCCGCUACACAUUCCCACAUGGGAAAUCGUGAUGUUUGUUGCCUGCGGCUUUGUACUGCUCUGUAUCUCCAUGCUGAUCGCCGCCCCGAUACCACCGAAUAAACAUCAGGGGGGCAAGGAUUGUCACUGCCUUCGCCAUCCCACCCCAUCAACCGCCAGCCUUCGCGCCCACUUGGCCGAUCAUCACGCCGGAUACCUCGACAGCAUCUCUCGUGAUUUGCAAUGGCUGUGCAGACGGAUGGUCACCGCUGAUCCGCAAGGGCUCCUCUUCGGCUGCUCGAUUUUUGGCGCCGUUUGCGUGUAUCUGAAAUGCUUGUCU